AUGACGACGCUCAACGUGCGCACGGGGCCCAUGCUCCGCUACGACUCGGUCGACGUCGGCAACUACCUCUACCAUGCAUUCGCCAUGAUCGUCACCGAGGAUGCCACCAGCGACUACUCCAUCGUGCCUACAAUGCAGCUGCGCUGGCAGAAUGCCUCGGCCGUCUCGGCAGCCACCGCCGACGGCUCCACCGCCGUGUCCGAGGACAACUCGCACGCCUCGUCGCAGGCCAUCAAGCUGUACCAGUACCACGGCGCCGAGGGCUCGUUCACCUUUUGGCGCUUCAAGAUCGAGAUCCCCAUGGCCGACCACGAGCUCGCCGUGCACUAUUCGAUCGACGGCGAGGCUCACCCCAACUCGCAGUCCGAGGCGAUCAAGGGCCUCACCGGACACACCUUCUUCGUGCCCGCCAAGUCGCAGAACUUCCGCUGGGCCGGACACAGCUGCAACGGCUUCAGCGCCAGCGUCGACGAGUCCGAGUUCAACGGUCCCAACCCGCUGUGGGACGACCUGCUCAAGGCGCACGCCGCCAAGCCCUACCACGCCGUCGUCGGUGGCGGCGAUCAGAUCUACUGCGACAAGCUCGUGCGCGAGCCCGAGAUGCAGGAGUGGAACAACCAAAGCGACUCCAAGAAGCGCAUGGCCAUGCCCCUCACCGACGAAAUUCGCACGUGCAUCGACCGCUACAUGUUCAACCACUACUGCGAGUGGUUCGGCGGCGGCUCGUUUGCCAAGACCAUCGCGCAGGUGCCCAUGAUCAACAUGCUCGACGACCACGACCUCAUCGACGGCUUCGGCACGUAUCCGGACGACCUCAUGCGCGCCGCCGUCUUCAACCACGUCGGAGCGCGCGGCUACUUCUUCUUCCUCCUCUUCCAGCUGUUUGUCAACGACGACGUCGAUGGCCUCAGCGAGACGGCCCACCCGCAGAGGAGCAUGCUCAUCGGUCCCCAGGGCGUGUACAUUCCUUUCAAGAACCACAGCCUGCUCUCCUACCUCGGGCCCAAGCAGUGGAUCCUGCUGGUCGACUGCCGCUCGGAGCGCAAGAUCGACCAGAUCUGCUCCAAGGAGACGUACGCGCGGCUGUUUGCGGCGGUGCGCGCCAUGCCAGCGGGCGUGGAGCAUCUGAUCGUGCUGCUCGGUGUGCCGCUGGCGUAUCCGCGCAUGGUCUUCCUCGAGCGCACGCUGAGCAGCUCCAUGAACCCGCUCAUCAUGCUUGCCAAGGGCCUCUCUCCGGGCUUCACAAACAACUUCAACGGGCAGGUGGAGCUGCUGGAUGAUUUGGGCGACCACUGGUGUGCGGGUCCGCACAAGCACGAGCGCAACUGGCUCGUGGAGCGUGUGCAGGAGGUGGCGCUGGAGAAGCACCUGCGCAUCUCGUACAUGAGCGGCGACGUGCACGCUGGCGGUGUCGGAGUGUUCUACGGAUACCACCAGCACGAUCCCAGUUUGGACCCCAAGUAUUCGCUCGCGGUGAUUACGAGUGCGAUCGUCAACACGCCGCCUCCGCCCGCGGUCAUCUCGAUGCUCAACAAGCUCGCGAGCAAGAAGCAUCGAUCGCUGUUCUACUGUGGCACCAAGGAGACCAUGGUGCCGCUGUUCGAGACGGAUCUGGAGGGCAAGAAGCAGAAGGACAAGUACAUUAUCGGCGCACGCAACUGGUGCAGCGUCGAGUACCUCGAGGCAUCGGGCGAGGUCGAGUUUGAUCUGCGCGUCGAGAAGGUGAGGGGAGGCGGAGAGACCAAGAGCUAUGCCGUCAAGGCUCCCAAGCCCAGAUGGGACGUGGCCAAGCAGCAUCACCACCUGCUUCACUCGAAGGACUUUGAUAAGCACGCAGCUACGCUCACCAGCGCGAGUGCCAACUAG